AGAACCUCUCCGUACCGCCGUGUCUAACAACGCGGUGAUGCGGCACAUCCUGCGGGAGAUAGCCUCGGAACCAGGCGACCACAGCGAGGACCACGGGCACGGCAUCCUGGACCCCCUGCAGCUCUUCCCGGAUGAGCAGUUCCGUCAGACUGUGGAGGAAAUCACUGCUGAAUAUCAACCCCUUACCAAAGCUUCAGUCCCUGCAGACGAACAACUAGACAACCAGGGCCGCCUGGACAUCUCCGAGCGCGAGCAGAAAGUUAAAUCUGGAGAACCUGAAGACACAGCAGCCAAACUUCAUUCUAAGUUGCAGAAGAUUGGCAAGUCCACACUCAAACCUGAAACAAAAGUCACUAUCGCUGUGAUUGGUGGAAAGUUGGCCAAUCCGGAGCAACUUAACAUCGUUGCUAAGAAAAGUUAUCUGCCCGAUGAUGAGCCAUGUUCUACCAGGGUGUUGGACUUUGCGCCUGGGCACACACAGUAUGUUGUUGCUGAGGUCGCAAACUCCAAGCAAUCCAAACCGAACAUUGCUAACGAUAUCAAUGAGGCAGUCAAUAUUCAUAAUGCUGAUGUUGUCCUCAUCCAAGUCGGGUUCGAGAAGUUCAACCUCAACACGCUCAGAGCUGUGUCCAAGGCUAUGCAGAAAGGCAGGCUACCCGGCCGGGCCCCGAUUUGGAAAUGUGGUGAGGAGAUGAGGAGGGACAUCCAGAGUAACCCGGUGAUGAGAGAGCUCCUGCGCGGGGCCUGCUCCAGACGCGGCCGGCACACCCCGGACCGGGGACACGGUAUCCUCAACCCCAACAAGCUGUUCAGGAAGGGACCGGAACAUUUCAAGCAUCUGGUUCGUCAGAUCAUACAAGUAAAUAAGUAA